AUGGCACCACCCGAGUCCACACCAAUACUGGAGCUGGAGAAGAUGCGGAAGAGAGGGUUUUGGUUCCGGAAAUGGGAUUCAGCAGACAUAACCAACCUUUGUCUGAUCAUCGUGAAGCAUGUGUUGGGUUGUUGUGCACCAUUCGUGUUCGAUUGGGGUGCAUUUUGGGUGACUCUAGUGUUGGGUAUCUUGGCCGGACUCGGUGUUACCCUAGGUUAUCAUAGACUACUUACUCAUCGGAGUUUCAAGAUCCCCAAAUGGCUCGAGUAUUUCAUCGUGUAUUGUGGUGUUCAUGGUGGCCAGAAAGAUCCAAUAUUUUGGGUUAGCGUCCACAAGAACCAUCAUAAGUAUGCUGAUACAGAAAAGGACCCUCAUACCCCAAUGGAAGGUUUCUGGUUCAGUCAUAUGGGUUGGUUUUGUCACAACCAGUAUAUUGCUGCAAAGUGUGGAGAAUCAAGAAGUGGAGGAUACUCGAACGUAGCCGAGUUAAAGGCGCAGUGGUUCUAUCGGUUUCUUCAUGACACGUAUACUUGGCAUACGGUUGCACUUGCAUCCCUACUAUAUCUCCAUGGAGGCUUCCCCUACUUGGCAUGGGGAAUGGGCAUGCGAGAAUUGGUGAUAAAUCACUUCACCUUCCUUGUAACCUCGGCUAGCCACAUGUGGGGUCAGAGGCCCUGGAACACCCCCGAUACCUCCACCAAUAACUGGUGGGUGGCGAUGUUAACCUUGGGAGAGGGUUGGCAUAAUAAUCACCAUGCUUUUCCAAAAUCAGCUCGACAUGGAUUGGAAUUGUGGCAAUUCGACUUGACAUGGGAGUUGAUCAAGUUCCUUCACAUGGUUGGAUUGGCAACGGAUGUUAAAGUUGCAACCGAGGCCGAUAAAAAAAGAAUGGCACUGCGUUGA